GGCAGACAGCGGGAUGGCGGCGGCGGGCGCGGCUGGGGCCGCUCGGCGGUGGCUGAGCUCCGGCAGGUGACGGGGCCGGGCCGGGGCUGCCUCCUCACGGCUGCCGGGCGGCAGCGGCAGAAAGUGACCCAAAAGUGUCAGUUAAGAAAAAGAUCUCUGGCAUCCCACUCUGUGGAUUAGCAGCAAACAGGCAUAUCAUCUAGAUACUUUCAGAAAGCACCACAGAGAAGCUUCCUUGGGUAGAAAACCCUGCAAGAAAAAACUGCGCUUUCUGGAAACUUGGGGAGCAGAGCGAUUGAAAUGGCAGAGAAUAAGGACAGUAAUACUAAAAACACAGAUGUGAGACCCAAGAGCAGCCGGAGCAGAAGUGCAGACAGAAAGGAUGGUUAUGUCUGGAGUGGAAAGAAACUCUCCUGGUCAAAAAAGACUGAGCGCUGUUCUGACGCUGAGACAGCAAACGCUGCAGGAAGGUCAGGGCCUAAUUUAAGGAGCCAGGAGAGAAAGUAUAGCUGCUCCUCUAUCGAGCUGGAUCUAGAUCGUUCAUGUGGACACAGGUUUUUAGGCCGGUCUCUCAAACAAAAAUUGCAAGAUGCUGUGGGUCAGUGCUUUCCCAUAAAAAAUUGCACCAGUCGGCACGCCUCAGGACUUCAGUCGAAAAGAAAAAUUCAUAUCAGUGAAUUAAUGCUAGAUAAGUGUCCUUUUCCUCCACGCUCAGAGCUUGCUUUUCGGUGGCACUUGAUUAAAAGGCAUACAGCCCCUGUAAACCAAAAAGCAGAAGACUGGAUAAUUGCUGACUUAUCCCAGAAUGAGGAAAAGGAGGAGGACCUACGAGACAACGAGGUAGAGUCCGAUCCCCCGUCGGCUCCCUCCCCAUCCUCUGACCUCACUGAUGGCAUUCCCUCCAGGCGGGACUCACGGUCUGAGCUGGUGGCAGGGAAAGUGGUAAGGAGCAGUAAAGAUGACAGCGAUAUGGACUCCGACGAUGAAGUUAUAACACUGUGCACAAGCUCUAGAAAAAGAAACAAGCCCAAAUGGGAAACUGAUGAUGAGCUGCUGCGGAUGGAAACGCCUCCAAAAUACCAUACACAGAUAGAUUACGUGCACUGCCUAGUCCCAGACCUCCUUCAGAUCAACAACAACCCCUGCUACUGGGGAGUCAUGGAUAAGUAUGCAGCCGAAGCACUGCUAGAAGGAAAGCCAGAGGGAACGUUUUUGUUACGAGAUUCUGCCCAAGAAGACUAUUUGUUUUCCGUGAGCUUCAGGCGCUACAGCCGUUCCCUCCACGCACGGAUAGAGCAGUGGAAUCAUAACUUCAGCUUUGACGCCCACGAUCCUUGUGUCUUCCACUCUCCUGACAUCACAGGACUCUUAGAGCACUAUAAGGAUCCGAGCUCCUGUAUGUUCUUUGAACCGCUUUUGUCCACUCCGUUGAACAGGACUUUUCCUUUCUCUCUUCAACAUAUAUGUAGAACAGUUAUUUGCAACUGUACAACUUAUGAUGGUAUUGAUGCACUUCCUAUUCCUCCGUCAGUGAAGCUGUAUCUGAAGGAAUAUCAUUAUAAAUCGAAAGUCAGAGUACUCAGGAUUGAUGUACCAGAGCAGCAAAGCUAGAAAAUAUUUUUGUGACAGAAUGAAAUUGUCUCUAAACAGAUGAAUUGUGUGUUCCGUCUUUCCUCCCUUUAAGUUUCUUUUUAAUGGCAGUUCGACGUUUUUCUUCCUUUUUUUCUGCAGAUCAUUUACAACCCAAACUAGCCUCUGCCUAAGGCUUUCUAAUCCAAACGUACUUUGAGUCUUCCCAGCUCUCUUUUAGAAAUGAUACUCAUUGUGGGCUUUUGGUACUGUUCCUAAACUAGUUUUAUGGAAUUUCAGGUAGGCUUUCUGGUAUUUCUAUAGGUGGAUAGUCUUUAGAUCGAAAAACCUUAAAAAAUUGGUUUUGAACUUGAUCCGUCUUUUAUAUUGUAUUUCCAUCUGUUGCUGACAUGUUUGAAAUAAUGCACUGUUAACUAAAGACUGACUCAUCUGUAUUUUUCUGCAUUUCUUUUAAAAUAAGUCUCUAGUCUUGUGUGUAUGUCCCUAUUUAAUACAGUAAUUUCAUCGAUCUAUUUCUAACAUUACUAUUCCUAGCAAAAUGAAGUUUGAAAGAGGAUAUGAUCUUUCUAUAAAUACAUCAGGGAGGGGGAAAAACAAUUCAAGCUGAGGUCAACACUCAGUACAGGAGCAAACUCCUUUGCUAUAGGAGCUGCUGCUUCUGAAAUGAUAAAGCACAGGGUGGGAGCGGGGGAAGGAAGUUAUUUCCUUAAAGACCUUGUAGAGUUUAUGGGUAUUAAACUAUUUGGUCUCGUGUAGUUGGUCCUGAGGUGGUGAUGGACAGUCAGAUCUGCUGCUGCGUGAUUGGUUUAACGUGUGGAAAAGAUCUUAUCAAAAAUGGGCAAUUACUCAUAAAAUACAUAUGUAGGAUAUAAGUGGGAGUACACAGCACAGCAUAGUCUUCCUCCUGGGUUGCAGACUAAGGGCUACAGGAGCAUAAGCAAUAUUUCUCUUUGAGUAUUUCCAUUUCACCUCGUGCAGCACACUGUGAAUUUGCAGGCAUCAGAUCCAUUCUGGAAGCUGGCUGCUGAGGAGUUACCAAGGAAGCUUUGCAAUACAACCCCACUGGGGACCUGCUUUCCUGCCCACGCUGCCCCUGCACAAGAAUACCCUUUCCCCUGAACUGCUGCCACUGUGAUGUAAAUAGAUUUCCAGGGACAUCUGCUUAGAGACCAGCCAGUUUGUUUUCACUGUGUUUUAAACAGGUUUCGAACCAAAGUCUCCAGGGAGAAAAUGCAAACACAUCAAUCUAUCACAUCGCACAUGGAUGAAUGUGCUGCAGGACAAACUCUCAGCUGCUAUAAAUCAGCAUGGCUUUAUUGAUGCACUUAGAACAGUUUAUACCAGCUGAGAGUCUCCCUCCAACAUAUGCAAAUGGUAAUUGUAUGACUGAUGUCAGAAAAAUUACUUUUUCUUUUUUUUUUGGCAAUGUUUUCCUUGUGUUGCUUCCAUUCAACUGAUACUAAUCUUUGCAUAAGCUGUGUUUUGUCAAGAACAGCUUCAUAUUAGUAAAUCUAUUUCUUCUUUAUCUACCCCUGCCAUUUUCCUUAUGCAAAAAUGAAUGAGUAGCAGGGGACAAAUUUGCUGGUUUUUGUUCUGUGCCUGUCAAUACAAAGGGCUGCUGCAAUCAAAAAUAGUAGUAACUGGCUUGAAAUCUGACUUGAUUUUAGUGAUUUUAGAGCUUCAUGCAGUCUUUCAGAAACUCUUAGUUCAGCUCAAUGUUAGAUGGGAGUUCCCAUUAUUAUAUUUCUUACAAGUCAACAAAAUGUAGAUUUCAGCCAAGAGUCUCAUCCACUUUGGGACAUAUCAAAGGCCACCAGCUCUUUCAAAGCCAUCUGAGAAAUGGCCCUUCAGGAUGAAAGGCCAUGAAAGAACCUUUUAGGGUAUAGGUCUGCAACUUGCUGUCACUUCAGUGCCAUUCCUUCUGCAGCCUACGCUGCUUUGGCAGCCGCAUGGUGUUGAUGCAUUACUUACCCCAAAAAUGUCUUGAGCUCUCCAUUUUUAGGAGGCCUAUAUAAUAUAGCAGUUGAGGGAUGAAGGUGCUGCGUGUAAAAAUAGUGACUUCAAGGCUGGAUGUGGCUCUGGGCAGCCUGCUGUAGUGGUUGGCAGCCCUGCACAUAGCAGGGGGUUGAAAUGGGCUGAUCAUUGUGGUUCUUUUCAACCCAGGCCAUUCUAUGAUUCUAUGAUAUGAAAUUGCACAUAGAACUUCCUAAUGAACAGGCUGUGGAAGCUCGCCCUAGAUUUUUUUUUCAGUUGUCCAGAUCAUACUGUGACUGUGACCUUGGUACAGCCUGAAUUUUGUCCAUGUGUGCAGUCUGAGAGAUGGAUUUCCUGAAGUACACAGUUUCUCAUGAAAUAUGAGAAAUCAAAAACUCUGUUUUGCUAAAAUCUAUGUCCUAUCUCAGCCUUUUAUUUUUUUCUUUUCAAUAAGCUUUGUAGAAAUUAACUGAUAUUAGAAUGUGCAAAGCAUGGUCAUCCAGAAGUUUCUUCCUGCUGUUCUUAUUAACUGGGCUUACUUAGCUUGGAGAAGAGGAGGCUCUGGGGAGACCUCAUUUGUGGCCUUCCAAUAUUUGAAGGGAGUGUAUAAACAGGAGGGGGAACAGCUGUUUGUGAGAGUGGAUAGUGAUAGGACAAGGGGGAAUGGUUUUGAACUGAGACAGGGGAGGUUUAGGCUGGAUAUUAGGAGGAAGUUUUUCACCCAGAGGGUGGUGAUGCACUGAACAGGUUGCCCAAGGAGGCUGUGGAUGCCCCAUCCCUGCAGGCAUUCAAGGCCAGGCUGGAUGUGGCUCUGGGCAGCCUGGGCUGCUGGUUGGUGACCCUGCACAUAGCAGGGGGUUGGAACUGGAUGAGCGUUGUGGUCCUUUUCAACCCAGGCUAUUCUAUCAUCCUAUGAUUAACAGUCUCACUGGUGCUGUUUGCUCAAAUAAUCCUUUAUAACACCUUGCAUUAUCUAUCUGAAGGAUGUUCCAAAGAUAACCAAGUCUUGAAGAUCAACAGUGAAGCCCUCCAGAUAGAAAGCCUCAGAAACAGGGUAAGGACUACUGUUUUGUCAUCCCUUGUUCUUGUCGGAUAAAGAUGCUGGGUUCUUCGGGAUAAAGAUUGAAUGUGGAACAAAGAAAGGUGGGGAGAAACACAAGUGCUUGAGGUGCCAGCAGGCAUGCAGCUGAUGGAGACAGUGCCUCAGUAGCAGCCCUGGGUUCAGCCCCCUGCUUGGAGGCACCCAGCCUGCUCUGUGCAGGAAUUCUGUCCCUCAAGUGGUUUCUGUUGCUUUGAAGGCUCACCCACGUUGUUUUGUGGUUCUGUAGGAAGGCAGCACCUUACGUCAGUGUAACCACCUCUGGUAAGAAAGAGGGAUCUGAUUUUGAUAAAUGAUUUUGAUAAAGGGACUCAGGUUCUUGAUGCACACUGAGCAAACAACAUCUACAAGCUAUUUUUACAGGGUGGUUUAAAAACAUGAAACACUGCGUUCGUUCUGUUCCCGGGAUCAUUGAUGGGUUGGGGGUCGUUUGUCUGUCCAGUGAUUUGGGGUAUACAUUUCUUCUCAAUUUCCUAUUCUGCACAGCUGUCACAUCUGAGGCACGUUUGGAACAGGAUGUGUGUAUCUUUAGCAGAUACUUAAAAAAAUAAACCUAGCGGUCGUAAGUCAAAUGCUUUUCUUUCAAAGAUGCUGGUUUGCUUCCAACGUGCAAAAGAAAUCCUGGGAUGAUGCAGACACACGUGGCCUUACUGUAAAAUCGACGCGUUCUUCAAUAAUUAAAAAGGGGGAUGCUUUAAUUUUGAAAAAGGAUGCUGUAGGAAGGAGGUUAAAGGAAGCUUUUAGUCAGCUCUAAGGCUAGAUUUAUUGAUCCAGUGAUCAAUCCCUUUCUCUUUCCUGGAUUUAAAGCUAAUGGGGGACUGUGGUCAGAGAUGAGUGGCUUUUAGUUAAGGUUUCUGACUCUUAUAAAUAAUACAACAAAUGUCCUAGUAAGUAAUAAGAAAUAAGAUACUCGCUCAGUCUUUUUAAAUAGAACAAACGUGGCAAACAAGGCUCAGCUGUAAUUUUUGAAGUCAUUUAUUAGACAAAUUGCUCUUCUCUACUUCUUUUACAAGAGAGACAUAAACCAUUAUAUUAUUUAUUCAUGAAUCAUAGCCAUUAAGAUGAUAAAUCAAAUUAUCAGCUUCCUGUCUCUCUUCGGUUUUAAUCAUUUUUUAUAGUUCAUGUAAUAUAAAGACAGCUUCCUUCCUAUGAAACAAGAGACCUUCAGAGACCUUUUUAUUGGAAACGCACAUUUCCUUCCCAUUUUUAAGUAUAUCCCAGUGAUUUUCUCUGUCAAUUUUAUCUGCAAUAAAAAUCCAAUAAGGAACUUGUACAUUGAUUCAGUAUAGCAAAGCUAGCUGUGAGGUCUGUCAUUUUUCUUCACCUCUGAAAUAAGGCAGGGCUCCAAAAUGCAGUUCAGGGUUUCUCCCUGCCACCCUUACAUGCACCUGGAAGCAUCAUAAGGUUUGGCAGGGAGAAACCUCAUCACAACUCACGUACUGACUGCAGGAACCUUCUCAGCUGCGUUGUGUGAGCUCUGCGUGCUACAUCCACGCAGCCACCACGUUUCUCUUUCCCUGAGGUGGGAGAGCUGCUGUUACCUGACCAAGUCAGAUCACGUCAUGCAUCCUUUCCAUCUACUUCUGGCUGCUUCUGCAGCCAAGAGGUGGCUGUGCAGCUGGGGCCGAGCCGUGCGUGAUGUGGGGUAGGUGGAGAAGUCCGUUCAGAACGGAGAGCCCAUUGAUUGCCAUUCAAACUGUGACUGCUGGCAGAUUUUGUCAGCUUGAUCAUCCAUGUGAAAUCCUGCUCUCAGGAAGCACGGAUGAGGUCAGGGAUACCGAGAACACCACCCUCAGAAAUACACGUCUGUGCUACAGUGUAAAAAUCAAUAGCUGUUUACUCAACUCUAUGAAUAAUAGAGUUUGAGAUGUAAAUAUAUAAUUGAUGCAUAUAAAAUCCAUAGGGUGAGGCUGAAGUGAGUCGCGACGACUUCCCUGUUCCCUACAUCCAUUUUAACAACCCCCUGGCUACCUGUGAUGCCCUCGCUGCCCCCAAGGCUUCCUCAGCCCCAGGUCUCUGAAGCCUGGCUGCCACGAAACCUUCCUGCAGGGAACGUGGAUUCCCUGGGAACUGUGAAGCAAGGCUUUCUCUCCCUUCCUGCAAGGAGCACGCCCUGUAGAACCCAAAGCAUUUGUCUCCCUGUUAGGUUCGUGGCUGUUGGAAUGAUGCAGCAGGAAAAGCCCUGGGCUCGUGUUACGCACCGUCAUGCCCCGGCACAACGCCAUGGCUGGGCUGUAGCAGGUUUGAAUCCAGCACUGAGGUAGGACGCCCCGCUGGGAGCUGUUCCAUCUUUCUUUCCUUCUUUUCUGUUUAAUUCUUUCUGUGGAAAAAAGAAAUUCCCCAUCCUCAUUACCAGCCGCUAGCUAUGAGCAUCCCUGAGUUUGUUUCAGUUGAACGGAUUCAUUGCCAAACCUGUUUUUCCAAGUGCAUCGAUUGGGGUAGACUACCAGCCAUUGCUUGUGCUAAACUGUGUUGUUUUGUUGUGUUUUUUUUUAAUGAGGAGGCUGGGUUUUGUCCUUUGUAGCAGUGAUGCAAUUGUGUUUCUAGGUCAGGUCUUUCUGUGCAGUCACAUGAAGUUCCAAUUUGGACAAAACGCCCAGUGAGGGUCUUAAUGUUUGAUGCUGUUAUGAUUCGAGUGUUGUCUUAUCAAAUUCUAUUUCCAAUUAAAAGAAUUGGAUUAGCUCUCA